CACCACCGUCUCCGCCGCCGCCGCCGCCGCCGCCGACACCGGCCAAACGGGAAAAAAUGUCGCCCACCCAGUUCACUGUCUCUCUCCUCCUCGUCCUCCUUCUCCGCCCCUCCAAUGCAUCUCUCGUUCCUCGUCCUCAACAGGACCAGACCUUGAGCUUGAAAACCACCCCCCACCCGCAAAUUCAGUACCACAACCCGAAGCUCCCGCCGCGAUCCCUCUCCCUCGCCUCCUCCAAGAAAUUCGAGGGCUCGUCGGACCUCGUCCAGCUCCGCUACCACAUGGGCCCCGUCCUCUCCAACUCCCCCAUCAACCUCUACCUCAUCUGGUACGGCCGCUGGGCCUCCCCGCAGAAGCUCCUCAUCAAGGACUUCCUCCUCUCCAUCUCCGCCGCCUCCGGCCGCCGCUCCUCCUCCGCCGCGGCCCAGCCGCCGUCCCCCUCCGUGGCCGAGUGGUGGCGCACCGCCUCCCUCUACACCGACCAGACGGGCGCCAACGUGUCCCGCGCCGUCGUCGUCGCCGGCGAGCACGAGGACGUCGCCUGCUCCCACGGCCGCUCCCUCACGCGGCUCUCUGUCCAGCAGGUCAUCGCCACCGCCGCGCGGGCCGCCCGAUUCCCCGUCGACCACCGCAACGGCGUCUACCUCGUCCUCACCGCCGAGGACGUCACGAUGCAGGACUUCUGCCGCGCCGUCUGCGGCUUCCACUACUUCACCUUCCCCUCCAUGGUGGGCUACACCCUCCCCUACGCCUGGGUCGGCAACUCCGGCCGCCAGUGCCCGGAGGUCUGCGCCUACCCCUUCGCCAUCCCCGGCUACAUGGGCGGCGCCGCCGCCGGGGGGCCGAAGCCUCUGUCGCCGCCGAACGGGGACGUCGGCGUGGACGGCAUGAUCAGCGUGAUCGGGCACGAGCUGGCGGAGCUGUCGUCGAACCCGCUGGUGAACGCGUGGUACGCCGGGGAGGACCCGACGGCGCCGACGGAGAUCGGGGAUCUCUGCGAGGGUCUCUACGGGACGGGCGGCGGCGGCGGGUACAUCGGGCAGGUGAUGAGGGACGGAGGAGGGCGGAGCUUCAACAUGAACGGGCGGAGCGGGCGGAGGUUCUUGGUGCAGUGGCUGUGGAGCCCCGUGCUGAAGGCUUGUGCCGGUCCAAAUGCUUUGGACUAAUUUAAUUUUUAAUUUUCAAAUUUUCUUUUUCUGCAAAGCGAUUUUUUUUAAUCUUU